UUCACAAAGAAUAUCUCCUUCUCUCCUUCCUGAAAUGUCAAACUCUGGCUUCAAGAUGAAAAUCACAAAGAUGAACCGAGCUCCACUAGCUUUGUCUUUUCUUCUCACUUGUUCAAAUUCAACUGUAAAUUCCAGAACUAUGACUCAUUCCUUCUACUCCUCACUACCACAACACCCCCACCAAAACCAAAAGCAACAACAAAAACAACAUUUAAACUCCAAUACCCCAAUUGGGUUGUCUCCAUCUAGAGUCCAGAAGCUCAUAGCCUCACAAACAGACCCACUCCUCGCCAAAGAAAUCUUCGACUACGCAUCAAACCAACCCAACUUUCGUCACUCUUACUCUUCCUACCUCACUCUAAUCCUCAAACUUGGUCGCUCCAAUUACUUCUCUCUCAUUGACAACCUUCUCAUUAGCCUCAAAAUCCAUCACUACUCUCUCCCCCCUUCUCUCUUCUCCCACCUCAUCAAACUCUAUGGCAAUGCCAAUUUACCAAACAAGGCCCUCAAGACUUUCUACACUAUCAUGGAAUUCAACUGUAGGCCUUCGGUCAAACACUUGAACUGCAUUCUUGAAAUUCUCGUUUCUCACCGGAACUAUGUCCGGCCGGCUUUUCAACUUUUCAGGAAUGCCCACUGCUAUGGUGUUGAACCCAACACCAAGUCUUAUAACACUUUGAUGCGCGCGUUUUGUUUUUGUGGGGAUCUUAGUAUUGCUUACCAACUGUUCAACGAAAUGUUUAAGAGAGAUGUUGUUCCGGAUGUCGAGUCGUAUCGGAUUCUAAUGCAGGGUUUGUGUAGGAAGAGUCAGGUUAAUAAGGCGGUGGACUUGUUGGAGGACAUGUUGAAUAAAGGGUUUGUGCCGGAUACGUUGAGUUAUACUACUUUGUUGAAUAGUUUGUGUAGGAAGAAGCAGCUUAGGGAGGCUUACAAGCUUCUUUGUAGGAUGAAAGUUAAAGGGUGCAAUCCUGAUAUUGUUCACUAUAACACGGUUAUCUUAGGAUUUUGUAGAGAAGGACGAUCAGUUGAUGCUUGUAAGGUUCUUGAGGAUAUGGCAUCAAAUGGGUGCUUGCCUAACUUGGUCUCGUAUCGAACUUUGGUUAAUGGUUUGUGCGAUCAGGGAAUGUUUGAUGAGGCAAAAAAUUAUACAGAGGAAAUGAUAUCAAAAGGGUUUUCUCCGCAUUUCUCAGCUGUUCAUGCUUUGGUCAAGGGUUUUUGUAAUGUUGGUAGGAUUGAGGAAGCUUGUGGAGUACUAGGCGAAGUCUUAAAGCAUGGGGAAGCUCCUCAUGUAGAUACCUGGAUGAUGAUAAUUCCUAGGAUUUGUGAAAUGGAUGAGACAGUAAGAACAAAGGAAGUUUUGGAAGAGGUUUUGAAGAUAGAAGUAAAGCAUGACACUAGAAUAGUGGAGGCGGGUGUUGGUUUGGAGGACUAUUUGAUUAGAAAGAUACGAGCUAAACAAUGGAGAGGUUAACUUUUCCAUGAUAUACAGCUGACUGGUUUUUUACCCUUUAUAAUGUGAGAGAUCCAUGGGAUUCUUGUUCCAGUUUCCUCAUUCAAGCGUGAUUUGGAACUGGACGGUUAUGGGAGCCAAAUGGGUUUUGGACUUUGGUCUUGUGACUGAUAUUAUGGUAAAGAUAUGGCUACAGGGGGUUUUGCAAAUUCACUUGGUGAUGUAGAUGCACAAGAACCAAUGGCGAACUCAACCCAAAUGGAUUUUGACAUUGAUCUUGAGGAGCUAUCCAAGAGGAAACAAGUUGAUUAUUCAAGUGCAAUGUCAACUCAAUGAAUAUCACACCCAAAAAAAAAGAAAAAGAGCUCUGCUGCUUUGAAGGAAGAUACCAUUUAUAAGGAUUUGUCUUUGCAAAUUGGAAAAGUUGCAGUAGCAUUGGAAAAAAAUUUACCAAAAUCAACUUAAUAUGAUUUAUGAUGAUAAAAGGUUUUGAUGAGGCUAUGCUUGAUUCUACAUUUGACCAUCUUACACAGAAUGAAUAACUAGCUAAUUCAUUCUUGUUGGCAUGACAACCUAUUUUGGAUUUUUCAGGAGAUGUUUGUAUUUUGGACUACUUAAGAUACUUAUGUAGAUGAUUAUAUUUUGAACUAUUUUAGAUUAUACACACACACACACACAUCUUCUUUGGAUGAUUUCUUUUUGUAUAGGUUUUUUUUUUAAUGUGUGAGAACUAUUUUAGGUUGAUUUUGUACUUGGUCAACAUUAUUCAAGUUAUGAAUGAAAGCUUCGGUUCAUGCAA